UAUAAUUGAGACCACUCCCCCCGGGAAAUUCCAGCUCGUUCUUACACAAGAAGGCGUUGUUUCCGUGGGCCUUUGCGCAUGAUCUUUGAUGGACAAAAAUGGCGAAUUGAUGUAACUUAGACGAGAGCGCUAAAACCGAAAUAAUUCACCAUCUUUUGAACAAGAACUGUGUAUAUUUUGUCCUAAAUUUAUCAUAUUCCUAAACUGCCAAGCCAUGUUCAGCUGGUUGAAUAAACACGAGAAGAAGGACCCGAUUGUUUUACAGUCUGUGGUCGAUGGUUUGAAGAAAUUGUACAAGACAAAGCUGCGUCCGCUCGAAGAGCACUACUUAUUCAAUGAUUUCCACUCGCCUUUGAUGUCCGACGCUGAUUUUACGGCCAAGCCUAUGGUCCUGCUUGUCGGACAAUAUUCGACGGGUAAAACAACGUUUAUAAAAUAUCUUUUAGAGCAAGAUUUCCCUGGUUUAAGAAUAGGCCCAGAGCCCACAACGGAUAGCUUCAUAGCUGUGAUGCAUGGGGACCAUGAUCAAGUGAUUCCUGGAAACGCUUUGAUUGUCGACCCAUUCAAACAGUUUCAGUCGCUUGGUGUGUUUGGAAAUGCGUUUUUAAAUCGUUUAUACUGUUCGGAGUUGCAAAAUAAAGUUGUGGAAAGUAUCACCAUCAUUGACACUCCUGGCAUUUUGUCUGGUGAGAAGCAGUCUGUGUCAAGAGGGUACGAUUUCACUGGUGUGCUUAAAUGGUUUGCAGAAAGGGUCGAUCGAAUCAUUCUCCUUUUUGAUGCGCACAAGUUGGAUAUCUCGGACGAGUUCCAACGCAGCAUCGACGUGCUUCGCGAAUAUGAUGAAAAGAUUCGAAUUGUCUUGAAUAAAGCAGAUAUGGUCACGACCCAACAGCUCAUGAGGGUCUAUGGUGCAUUGAUGUGGUCGCUCGGCAAAGUGAUCAACACGCCUGAAGUCUCGAGGGUAUACAUUGGCUCGUUCUGGGAUGAGCCGUUGCAGAAUGAUGAAAAUAGACGGCUGUUUGAAGCUGAAUCGCAAGAUUUGUUUGCAGAUAUCCAGAGUCUUCCGCGAAAUGCUGCCUUGCGAAAAUUGAAUGAUUUUAUCAAGAGAGCAAGACUUGCCAAGGUAAAAACUGGAACUUAUUGGUAGAAACUUAAUUGAAUUGGUAGCAUGCUUGGGGUCCAGUGCCUGUUCCAAAAUUGUUAUAAUCUGAACUUCAAAGUUCUUUGAGGUUCUGCUUGUAGUUUUCGAGUAAUUGUAUUCCUAUCAGGGCGCAAAAUAAUGGCCAGUCAACGGACAAUGUUUGGCCAAAUUCUUACCUUGCUUACAAGCUCAAAUUCUUACCUUGCCGGUCAUUUUGACCGGUCACUUUUGGUAAAAGAACAAACUAAUCUUCAUUUUAAUUACUGAUUACAGUAAGGCUUUUUAUAUAGCCUGAUUCAGGCUAGGCUUUUUAUAAUGCUAUACUGGGAAAAUAGUCAUAUUUUUAGGGGUACUUUACUAGGCUUUGCUUUAAGAUGAAUAAUUUGACCACUGCAGCCAGAUAUUCGGUAUGUCCGAGCUAAAAUUUUGUUGGCCAUUCACCUUGACCGGCGACCCUCCAGCCGUUAUUUUGUGCCCAGUGUCUUAUCAAUCCGAAACUUUCUUAGCUUUUGUAACCCUAUUAUCUAGAUGUUCAAAAAUAGGAACUCAAAAGUUUGCUUGUUUUAAUGCCUACAUGCAUUAUUUUCCACCAAAAGACAACUUGGAAGUAUCAUAUAAAAGUGAAAGUUACUGGUGCGUUCACUUCCUGUUGAUGAAAUGAAAAGAAAUCUCGAGCAAACAUGUUUCUUUCAUUGUUAAAUUUCACUUAACCUUGGUUGUCCUUUGGCUUUGCCAAAGAGUUCUGUAUUGGGCAGGUGAAAAUUGAAAUUGAAACAAAGUUAGAUUCUCAGGGUUUGAAUGCGAGAGGAAAAAUUUGCAAAUUUCUUUAUGGUAAUUCAAAGGGAAUUUUCCAAACUGUCAUGUGAUGAAACUGCAUAAUGUGCAACAACAAACACAGCUGUUUCCAGGCUGUGAAUUUCAUAAAUAUUGUAUGUUGAAGGAAGUUCAGCCAGAAUACUGUAGGUAGUGGUGAUAUUGCCAGGUUUCCAUAUAGUCAUACAGUUGAUUUCACAUAACUUUUCCCUGAAUGUUGCGAACUUUGUUGUGAAGUUCAAAAGUUCAUACUGAAAUUUGCAAGCCGGUUUGUAAACAAAGCUUGUGAUUGGCUUAUAUUUGUUGUUCGGAGACCAAUCAGAGGCUUUGUUUACAAACCGGCUUGUAAAUUUCAGUAUGAACUUUUGAACUUCACAACGAAGUUCGGAACGAAGUUUGCAACAUUCAAGGAAAAGUGAUAUGAAAUUAACUGUAAUGGUUGUAAAGAUAGAGUCGCAGUCUUUAUCAACAGUCCGGUUAUAAUCGUUGUUGCCUGUAAACAAUGUAUAAAUCAUAUUUAGCAGCCCUCGAAAACCGUCAAAAUUGAGGUCGGCCAAAAAUGCCGACCUAAAUCUGACCUAGGUUGGUAUUUUUUGGACCUGACCAAAUCGAACUAUGAAUCGAAUUCUAUAAUCACUGACUUUUAACAGCUAUCAGCACCAAAAAGUUCUUACUUUGGCUGAAUUAAGGUCGGGAGCUUGAUAGGUCUGCAUUUAGGACGGCAUUGCCGAAUGCCGCCCUCGUUUUCGAGGGCUGAUUUAGUAUUCUCUAUUUAUAAUCAGUCUGCCUAUUGUUUAAUUCUAAGCUGUUGUAGUUGUUGAGAAAGCCUGUAACUCGAUCUUUACAACCGUUACAACCAUAUGGGGACCAGGCUUGACAAGAAGGCCUUUUGAGAAGGAGGCCUUUUGAGAUGAAGGCUUAGAUUUUCAAUGUUUUUUAUUACAAAUAUUCAACAUUGAAAAAAGUGUAAAAAAAUUUGACUGUGUGUGUCAAAAUUUUUAUACAAAUUUGUUGAUGUGAGCCCGAUUAUUAAAUUUUAAUCAUUGUUAUUGCUUAGGUCCAUGCCUACAUCAUUUCAAGUCUCCGAGAACAAAUGCCGUCCAUGUUUGGAAAGGAAAAGAAAAAGGAACAACUCAUAAACAACCUCGGGGAGCUGUACCGUAAGAUUCAGAAAGAGCACAACAUCUCUCCCGGAGAUUUCCCGCCGAUCUCAAAAUUCCAAGCCAAAUUGAAGCCGUACGAUUUCUCAAAGUUGCACAGUUUCAAACAGAAGCUUAUUGAUGACGUAGAUAAGAUGCUUCAGACAGAGGUAACAAGGCUCAUGUCAAUGAUUCCAAAAGAGAACGAAUCGAACAUGUCUAUCUCUGUUCGUGGUGGUGCUUUCACGGUUGGCGAUUCUGUCCAUAACCCUUUCGCCACCGGUGCGGGAGAGGGCAUUCAAUUUGGUGCCGGUUCGGACGACUGGAUUAUCGCUCCGAACAAGGAUAAGUAUGAUCGCAUCUUCGAAACCCUCAAUCCGGAUGCUAACGGAAAAGUUACUGGCUCGAAUGCCAAACGUGAACUUGUCAAAUCGAAGCUGCCGAAUACAGUGUUGGGUCGAAUUUGGAAGCUCUCUGAUCUUGAUAAGGACGGAAUGUUAGAUGCGGAUGAAUUUGCGGUUGCAAUGCAUUUGAUUAACAUUAAGUUAGAUGGAAAUGAACUGCCUGUCGAACUGCCCAUUCACGUUGUACCGCCGUCCAAACGUAAAGGGUAUUCCUUAGAGUAUGACUAAAUAUCUAGAGUGGCUAAACACCUAGAGUUUGACUAAAUAUCUAGACUAUGAAUUGAUUUUUAAAAACUAAAUUUAAUGAGUACAGCACUUCUAUCUUGCCAAAUUAUCUUGUGGUAAAUCUUGUCUUUGUGGACAGUGAUGUUGUGAAGUACCAGCACUGUAAUAAACUGUAUGGCAUGGAAUUAUCUGUGCUAGAUGUGUAAUGGCUGAUUAACUUGUGGUAUAUUGUCAUACCAACAGUAUUUGAUUGUGACUCUAAUUAGAAUUAAAAAAGAGUCUAGACUGGGUCGUUUGCAGUGAACAGUAGUGAGUUUUUAAUGUUUUAAAAAUAAUUAUUUAAAGUCCUAUAUACCAUGUAUUAUCCAAAGUUUAAUAUGGCAAGUAAUGUCUGAAGAAUUUAAAUUUUAGUCAAAUCAUGCUUGAAUCUCUUGUAUAGGGUAUGACUAAAGCAGGGGCGUGGCGAACGAUUCCAG